AUUGACAAAGAGAGCUAAACAUGAUUGAACAUAAAAACUAAAACAGUAUUAGUUACUAUAGCUACAGAACAGAACAGAACAGAGGCCUCUCUGUUCCUAAGACUAUAUAUAUGUUGUUAUCAUACAAUAACAUCUUUGUGUGCUUCUCGUGCCUUGUUCUUCACUUUAUAACUAAUAACUCACCUUUAUACCUCUUCUCUCAUGUGACUCUUUUCUUCUCUUCCUACCUUCAAUCCUCAUUAUGUUUUUUUGAGUUUAUUCUCUAUCUUCUUCAUCUUAGAACCCACAAAACUUGAUCAUAUAUAUCUGAGAUGAUGCCCCCUGAGCAAGAAACAACUAUUAAUGCACCAAAUAGCAUUUCACCAAACACAAACAGAACAGAAACCAUCUCUAUCCAUGGUGAGCCAGAAGGUUCUUCUUCUAAUAAAGUUAAACCCAGUUUGGAUAUUGAUCAUAACGCCAUUAAUAUUCCUUCUCAUCCAACUACACCAAUCACAUCAUUUUCUAUUCUACCUCAAUCCUUGCGUCCGGUUACCAUCAAAUUUGAAGAUGUUUCAUACAGCAUAACCUUAACAAACCAAAAGAAAAACGGUUGUGUUUUGGGAAAAGAAUCAAAAGUAACAAGAAAAAUUCUCAAUGGAGUCACCGGAAUAGCAAAACCAGGCGAGUUAACUGCAAUGUUGGGUCCAUCAGGAAGUGGCAAAACCACCCUACUAACCGCCUUAGCCGGAAGACUAACCGGAAAAGUCACCGGAACAAUAACAUACAACGGAAACUCAGACUCAUCCUACAUUAAACGCAAAAUAGGUUUUGUUUCACAAGACGACGUCGUUUACCCUCACUUAACAGUGUUAGAAACAUUAACCUACAGUGCUCUAUUAAGACUUCCCAAAACACUCACCAGAGGAGAGAAAAUCGAACACGCGGAGAGGAUAAUUACGGAAUUAGGCCUCACGCGUUGUCGAAAUUCUCCUGUCGGUGGGUGUAUGGGACUUUUCCGAGGAAUCUCCGGUGGAGAAAGGAAACGGAUGAGUAUUGCACAAGAAAUGUUGGUGAACCCGAGUUUGUUGUUGUUGGAUGAACCAACUUCCGGUUUGGAUUCGACCACGGCUCAACUUAUUGUUUCGGUUCUUAAAGGAUUGGCUCGGUCCGGUCGAACCGUUGUUACUACUAUUCAUCAGCCUUCGAGCCGGUUGUAUAGGAUGUUUGAUAAAGUUGUGGUUUUGUCUGAUGGGUACCCGAUUUAUAGUGGUAAUGCGGGUCGGGUUAUGGAUUAUCUUGGAUCUGUUGGAUUUGUUCCGGGUUUUAACUUUGUUAAUCCUGCUGAUUUUCUCCUUGACCUUGCUAAUGGCAUAGUUGCUGAUGUGAAACAUGAUGAGAUAGAGAAGCAUGAUCAAGAUCAAGCUUCAGUGAAACAGUCACUAAUUUCAUCCUAUAAGAAAAACUUAUACCCUGCUCUUAAAGAAGAUAUUCAGCAAAAUAACACUGAACCACUGGUUUUUCCAUCAAGAGGAACAUCCAGACGUUCUUCUGAAAACCAAUGGAACACUAGCUGGUGGGAGCAAUUCAAGGUUCUGCUCAAGAGGGGUCUACAAGAGAGGAGACAUGAAUCUUUUUCUGGCUUAAAGAUUUUCCAAGUCUUGUCUGUGUCCAUUCUUUCUGGACUCCUUUGGUGGCACUCUGAUCCCUCACACAUACAAGAUCAGGUGGGACUACUAUUCUUCUUCUCGAUCUUCUGGGGAUUCUUCCCUCUCUUUAAUGCAAUCUUUGCAUUUCCACUUGAUAGACCAAUGCUAAAAAAAGAAAGAUCAUCAGGAAUGUACCAUCUCUCCUCCUACUAUGUUGCUAGGAUGGUAGGAGACUUACCAAUGGAGCUUGUUCUUCCAACAAUCUUUGUAACCAUCACCUAUUGGAUGGGUGGUCUUAAGCCUUCUUUGGUUACAUUUGUGUUAACCCUUUUGAUCAUGCUUUUCAAUGUUCUAGUCUCUCAAGGAAUAGGCUUAGCACUUGGUGCAAUUCUAAUGGAUGUUAAGCAAGCCACAACUCUAGCUUCAGUGACAAUGUUGGUUUUUCUUUUAGCUGGUGGUUACUACAUUCAGAAAAUGCCUUCUUUUAUAGCUUGGCUAAAGUACUUUUCUUUCAGUCAUUACUGUUAUAAGUUGCUUGUAGGGGUGCAGUAUUCAGUAAAUGAGAUCUAUGAAUGUAGACAAGGGUUGCAUUGUAGGGUAAGAGAUUUUCCAGCCAUUAAGUGUUUGGAGAUUGGUAAUAUGUGGGGAGAUGUGGCUGCAUUGACUGUAAUGUUUGUUGGAUACAGAGUUGUUGCAUAUUUAGCUUUGAGGAUGGGACAGCCUAAAUGCCUAAGAACUUAAUGGAUUAGAAGCUAUGCAUAUCACUGACACUUCUGAUUAUAGGCGUGUCUGGUUUCAGACACGACACCGACAUAUGUGGUUAUAUUCAAUUAUUUUCUCUAAUUAUUAUAUUAUUAGAAAGAAGUGUCAAUGUCGGUGCGAGCCGUGUAUGCGUCAAUGCUUCAUAGAUCAAAAGAGAUUAUAGUAUUUAUUUUCAAGAUUGGCUGUUCCAAUCACUGCCUUAGUUAAAUUAAGAGUUAAUUCAAUUUGAAUUGUAAGGGAAAUAUCUUAGUUCCUUGUGAAUAAUUGACAUGAAAUGAAACAAUCGAUGAUUGUAGAAUUUAGUCCAAAUUCUUUAUGGAGAAAAACCAAAUGUACUAGUUAGACUUCAUCUGAUUGUACAAUGGUGUAAUGUUUCAAUUUGCAAAAGUUAUAUUCCUUAGUAAAUGCAUAUUCUCUCAGCAUUCUGUA